GGUUUGCCGUUCUCUACGCGUGCCUCGGGGCGUGAACCCGGUGAGCAGUUAUGCGCUGGUUGGGGUCAGUGACGAAUGCGCACGCGUCCUGCCUGGUGAAGCUGAAGGCAGAGCUCGGGAUGGAGGGCAGAGUGGAACAGCAGAGGUGGCUCCUGUUAUUAUUUCUGGUGGUACAACUGCUGCUUAUGGGCGCAUUUCUGUACCAAAACCGCCACCACCACAGCUUCACCUCCUUCUUCCACUUCCUAAUCCAAGAAAGGCCAGAGGGGAGAGAAGAGCUGCCCUUUUUGGUUCAGAUCUCCCCUCCAGGAAUCCGUUACCAGGACGUGUACUCCAACCUCAGCCAGAUCCAACCUAUGGACAUCAGUGAGGAGGAUCUGCCCAACUGCCCCAUCAUCUCACCCUACAUCAAUGGCCCUUUGAAGGUGAUGAUCCCAGAAAACCUGACGAUGGAGCAGGUGGUGGAAAAGAACCCACUGGUGGAGCUGGGAGGCCAGUACCGGCCACCUGACUGCUGGACACGGCACCACACGGCGGUAGUGGUGCCCUACUAUGGCCAAGCCCAGAACCUGCAGCACCUGCUCUUCCACCUGCACCCCUUCCUACAGCGCCAGCAACUGCACUAUGCCAUCUAUGUGGUGAACCAGGUGAACAACACUGCCUUCAACCGGGGCAAGCUACGCAACGUGGGGUUCUGGGAGGCCAUGCAGGAGGAGGACUGGGACUGUGUCUUCUUCCACGAUGUGAACCUACUCCCAGAGGAUGACCGUAACCUCUACAUCUGUGACAUCUUCCCUGCCCAUGUGUCUGUGGCCAUCGACAAGUUCAACUACAGGCUGCCCUACCGAGGCUACCUUGGAGGGGUCUUUGCUCUGCGCCCCAUUCACUACCUGAGGAUAAAUGGCUUCCCUAACACAUACUGGGGCUGGGAGCAUGAGGAUGAUGACAUCGCUGCCAGGCUGAAACUAAGUGGGAUGCUCCUCUCACGGCCCCAUCUGCUCUUUGGCCGCUACCACAUGCUGGAGGGGCAGGACCCCAGCCACAAGCAAAGCCCCCAAACUCCUGGCCUUCUGGCCCGGAUCCACCGCAGGUGGCGACAUGAUGGCUUGAACUCAUUGGGCUACAGGCUGCUCUCCAAGGAGGUGCAGCCCCUCUACACCAACCUCACUGUGGACAUCAGCCCCCCAGCCCCAGGAGCCCCAGUGACAGGCUGAGGAGUGUCUGGAGGCUGGAACGGAAUGCCGGA